AUGGCCGAUCGUAAUUUUCCCGGUACUCCCUGGGAUCGCGCUUCGUCCAGGCAACGUGCGCAAUACGUCAUGCAUCACGGAGACUUGCGCGGCGGCGGUGGCGGCAUCACCGAGGGUGUCCUCGGCUGCGGUGGCUGCGGAAGGGAGAUCGCCGAGCGUUGGUACCUAAGGGCGGCCGAUCGCGCAUGGCACUGCGGCUGCCUGCGCUGCUGUCACUGCCGGGUCCCCCUGGCCGCCGAGCUCACCUGCUUCGCCAGAGACGGUAACAUUUACUGCAAAGAGGAUUACUACAGAUUAUUCGCAGUGUCCCGGUGCUCCCGAUGCCGCGCCGGCAUUUCCGCCUCAGAACUGGUGAUGCGAGCGCGCGAUUUGGUGUAUCAUGUGGCGUGCUUCACUUGCGCCUCGUGUGGCACCCCGCUGAACAAAGGCGAUCAUUUCGGCCAGCGGGACGGACUGGUGUAUUGUAGACCACACUACGAGUUGCUGUGCUGCGCCGGCGAUUACGGGGGUGCCGCCGGCAGCAUCGAAGACCUCGGCUCGCCGGGGGUGUCGCCGCUCCCGGCUUACUACGAGCAGAGCCCGAUCGCCACUUCCGGCGCGGUGCAGAAGGGCCGGCCGCGGAAGCGGAAGCUGUCGGAAGUCACCGGCUCCGAGCUUCCCGUCACGAUGAGACUGGCCGCUGGAGCGCUCGAACUGCUGCACCCCGCGGAGCUGUCCUCGUCGAUGGAGUCGCUGGCCGCUUACGACGCGUCCGUGGGCUCGCCGGGACCGGUGCAUCAGAACCAGCGGACGAAGCGUAUGCGCACCAGUUUCAAGCACCACCAAUUGCGAACCAUGAAGAAUUACUUCGGGGUAAAUCAGAAUCCGGACGCCAAGGAUCUCAAGCAACUCGCGCAGAAGACCGGCCUGUCGAAAAGGGUGCUGCAGGUGUGGUUCCAAAACGCGCGCGCGAAAUGGCGACGGAACCUGAUGCGGCAGGACGGUAGCAGCGCCGGCAGCAACGUCGGCUGUUCCGGCACGGCGGUGUCCUCCAGCACAGGCAAUUCUCCAAACAUCGGUCCGUCCGCCAGCAUACUCGGCGACAGCAACAGCAUGCCCUCGACCUCGAUGGAGGAGUUACACGCCCUUCAUCAUCUGCACUCGGGCGUCUCCUCUCAGGUCUCCUUUUCCGACCUCUACUGACGGCGGCUUGAAAUGGAAGAGGACGCUUACAGUAGCCUCUCCAGCCAUCUUGGAUGAGGGAUUAUCGCUCUUCCUCGCGAAUCGAGGAGCAAGUCGAUGACACGCGUCCAUCGUCUUAGCAAGUUCUUUCUGAUGAACAUUGACGUCGCUGGCACGUAUCGUGGCAGCAGCUGUUUAAGCCUGGUCUUACUUUCAGAAGCCUAGAGUGUGAUCCUCGCUAGUCUUGAGAACAAUUACUUAAACUUCGCGUGGGACUCGAUGCAGUUUAAUCUCGUGCGGGAAACAAAUGUGUGGCGCGAGAUCGGUCAAGAUUAAAUGCCUGGCCUUCCGCCAAGAUUUGGAUGACAACGCAUUGUCUGAUUUAACGAAGAAAGUGACUCGUCGAAGGACUUUCCCGAAGGCAGCCUAGUCAGGUAGAAUCUAGCGGGUAACUUCAAGGACGAUUAUGAUUAAAUAAUCAGUGAUAAUAAUCAUAGUUCCAUGCACAUCCGAAUUACCAAAGAUUACUAGACGAGAAUAGUAAUAAUGUAAUCUAGGUACGUAUGCAAAGAGGACGUUUUAUUCCGAGUGAGAACACUAACGUCGAGUCGGCGUCAAUGGGGUUGAAACCGCGUCCCAACCGUCAGUUUUCGAAAAUAAUUCAAAGCUUUGGAACUUAAUUUUUCUAUGAAAUUUUGUAUUAAAAUUAAUUUGCAUUAAAUUUUGUAAUAAAUAAGUUUACUCGGCAGUUCUCUCCAAUAAGAUGUUAAAAGUAUUCAGAACGUUGGACGUAGUAAUCCAAUAAAAAAAAUUAAGAACUUUAGUGUUUGUAUUAACCAUAUCUGGCAUUGUUAA